UGCGUUUGAAGAUGAGACACUGAGGCUUCGACAGCUGAAGCUGGACAACCAGAGGGCACUGCUGGAGAAGAAGCAGAGAAAGAAGCGCCUUGAGCCACUUAUGGUACAACCAAACCCAGAAGCCAGGCUGAGACGGUUAAAGCCAAGAGGUGGCGAGGAGCACACGCCUUUGGUGGACCCUCAGGUGCCUCGCAGUGAUGUCAUCCUACAUGGCAUCGAUGGUCCAGCUGCUUUCCUUAAGCCAGAGGCUCAGGAUUUGGAAAGCAAGCCGCAUGUUCUCUCAGUGGGCUCCCCUGCUCCAGAAGAGGGCACAGAAGGAAGUCCAGAUGGGGAAAGCCCUGUGGAGACUGCCUCCAAGCCAGACCUUCAGGAGAUUCUCCAAAAACAUGGCAUCUUGGGUAGUGUGAACUAUGAUGAGGAGACCGACAAUGAGGACGAGGAAGGAGACAAUCUCAGCUCCCCGUCAGCUCAUUCAGAGAGAGAGAGUUCUGCAGCUAGCCAGAAAGCAGCCUCGGAGACAGGAGCUUCCGGUGUCACAGGCCAGCCAGGUGAUGCCCAGCUUGGAGAAGUGGAGAAUUUAGAGGACUUCGCAUACAGUCCUGCCCCUCGGGGUGUCACAGUGAAGUGUCGAGUGACCCGGGAUAAGAAAGGCAUGGACCGAGGCCUCUUCCCCACCUACUACAUGCACCUGGAGAAGGAGGAGAAUCGCAAGAUAUUUCUUCUUGCUGGUAGGAAGCGAAAAAAGAGCAAAACUUCCAACUACCUGGUUUCCACAGACCCGACAGAUUUGUCUCGUGAAGGGGAAAGUUACAUCGGCAAACUCAGAUCCAAUCUCAUGGGGACCAAGUUCACAGUGUAUGACCAUGGUGUCAACCCAGUCAAGGCCCAGGGUCUGGUGGAAAAGGCCCACACCCGACAGGAGCUGGCCGCCAUCUGCUAUGAAACCAAUGUACUGGGUUUUAAAGGUCCUAGAAAAAUGUCGGUGAUCAUCCCAGGGAUGAAUAUGAAUCAUGAACGCAUCCCAUUUCGGCCACGAAAUGAACACGAGAGCUUGCUUUCAAAGUGGCAAAACAAAUCCAUGGAGAACCUGAUCGAACUGCACAACAAGGCCCCCGUGUGGAGUGACGACACCCAGUCCUAUGUCCUCAACUUCCAUGGCAGGGUCACUCAGGCAUCUGUGAAGAAUUUUCAGAUAGUUCAUGGAAAUGACCCUGACUACAUAGUCAUGCAGUUUGGACGAGUGGCUGAUGAUGUGUUCACACUUGACUAUAACUACCCACUGUGUGCACUUCAAGCCUUCGCCAUCGGGCUGUCCAGCUUUGACAGCAAGCUGGCAUGCGAAUGAGAACCAGCAAGUAGGGAACGUCCUCACCACAGAGCCUUCAGGAGCAGAAAGCGGCUGCCCUUGACCUGGCCCAGCACAGGAAGAGCAACCUCCUGCCCUGCUCCUUCUGGGGAUGAGCGAGCGUGUGCGAAUGUUGAUGUGUGCGCUCAUGUGCACCCAUGCUUGCACACACUCGUUCAUGCCCUCUCGGAACUUCAGAGACCUGGUCAUAGACCACAGCUCCGUGUGGGUGAGAGAUGGCUUAGAGCCCAGGGAGGUGGACUCCUGGGCACACCGGUGACUCCUGACCGCACAGCAGGUCCUCUGCAGCAAGCGUGGCUUCCCUGUGCUCAGGCACUUCCCGCAGAAUCAGGUUCUUAUGAUGAAAUGCUUACUUGGGCCUCCUUCUUUCAAAAGGGGGCUGUUCCCUUGGAUGCCUUUAACCUCUAAGACAGGAGCCUGUAGACUUUGUCAGCCGAUGGUUUGAUGGUGUCUCCAGUUAGCCUCUUUAGCACAAAAACAGCCAUAACCAGUUGGUGCGCAAAGAGCAUAGCUGUGCCCAAUAAAACUUUAUUUACACAGUUGGCAUUGGCCUACUUUGGCCUGGGCUCUGGUUUGCCAGCCUGCCUUGGUACUCUGUACUCUGUAUUCUGAGGCUGAAGCAUCUUCCAGAUCAUAAGUAGAAAGAGACAUGGUUUGCAUUUUAGGGGCAGCAGACUGACUCCUUUUAUUUUUACUUUUUUUGUUUUGUUUUUCCUGAGACAGGGUUUCCAUGUGUUGGAUGCCCUGGAACUCACUCUGUAAACCAGGCUAGCCUCUAACUCACAGAGAUCCUCCUGCCUCUCUCUCCCAAGUGCUGGGAUUAAAGGCAUGUACCACCACCGUCCUUCAAGACUGACUCUUAAGAGGUACUCGUGCCGAAUCCACUCCUGGUGGCUUUUACCUCACGGUGAUAAUGGCUGUAGGUGUCAUCUGCCUUCAGGAGCUCAAGUCAGUGUCAUAUUUUCUUUUUCUGGGUCAUGUGAUGCUACCUUGUUCCGGAGGUCUGGGAAGGCUCUCAUGCCCCAGCCUCCCUCCUCCCUGUCCUCAGAGCAGGGUGGUGGGCAACCACCUCAGCAGAGUGACUGGCCAGACCUCUGAAAGCCUUUCUCUCCGGCGUCUUCGUCUCGUGUAAGAGUCAACGGGACUGCCUCACUCACUCCACAGGCCUUGCCGGGUCAGCUUCGUCUCUGGGCCUCAAGCCUGACCCACCAGUGCAGAUACUCCUUGACUCCCCGAGGCUUUGCGAUAAUGAACACUUCCUGGCAGAUCAUGACAAAUUUCUCUAGUUCACCAGCCCGGGGUGUACCUGACCUUGAGAAUUCCAAAACUUUGGCCCUGCAUUCAGUGGUUGUCCACUCCCAAGCGGCUUCCGGUGUGGGCGAAGGGUUCCUGGCUACUGCUCCAUGGUUUUGUCCGUGUGGAGGAGGUCCCUUUGCCCCUGCAUUCUGUUGCUCCCUGCUCAGCAUCAAACGGCUAUGUGAUGGCAUGAGAUGUGGGAGCAUGGGUUCCCCGGGUGUCCUGUUGUCCUGUCUGUCCCUUCAGUUAUCACUGGUUUCUGCCUCAGGCAUGCUUCCCAUUCAGUGCCUUGUUCAUAGACAAAUGUGCUCGGCAGCCUGUCACACCUCUGCCCCCCAUUGUCCCUCACAAGCCACCUCUGUUGAGCAGAGAGUUGUUCGUUCAUCUCCAGUGCGAUGGCUGGCAUGGGGGCCUUGGUCCACUGGAUCUACUCCUGUCCAGCUAAGAGAGCUGUAUACGCCCAUUUCACAGACUCUCUGCUUGAGUGUGCAGGUGAUCGGUUUUACAUAAAUCAUAUUUAUACCUUUUAUAUGCCAUAUAAAUAAAGAUAUUUAUAUAAAAA